UCAGGCAGGAGGGAAAGAGCAGCUCGGUCUGAAAACAAUGGAGCAACAGGACAAAGCUCUGGAUGAAGACAUCUCUAAGUUUAUGCUCGAGCCAUCUGGGUGAACAUUCCUGAAAAAGAUGUUUGACUAUUAAAGAAAACAAAGAGGAGAAGCAGGAGGGUAGAGGCAACAGAAAACCUUCUUAGAUGUCUUUUCACGGGGAGGAAGCCACAGUUGGUGUUCAUGUGAUUUUUAUUUCAGCGAUUCAAAAAGGAAUUGUAUCAUGGGAAAGGAAGCCUGAUCACAAAUGAAUGACAGACCUGAGCUCAUCCAUCCUCCUUGUCCAGCAACAUUACGUUAAUGGUUGGAACUGCCCGCCCCAACCUUCAUUACUGCCCUCGCAGACACAGCCUGAUGAUCAUCGGUGCCAUGGGAGCGGUGAGGGUCAACAGAUACAGCAUCGUUUCCAUGGAUGAAGAUGUCUUGAAAAUCUCCAAUUUGGGCCUCCACAAUGGCCACAGUCCUCUGACUCAGCAGACACUAUCAGGGGCGUGUAUGCAGGGUGAGGAAGGAAGUGGAGGAGGAGAGUAUCCAGGAGGCGAUGAAGUUCGGGGGGCUUUGCCUUUGAGGAUGACGAACGAGCCAAUCAUCCACAACAGCUGUCGUUCCUCGCCUUUGUGUCGUCUGGAUCUGGAUUUUAGCACCGGACGGCUGCGCACCCGCUUUGUAAAGAAGAACGGCCAGUGCAACGUGGUUUUCAACAACAUGGAGGAUAAGCCCCGACGAUACCUGGCUGAUAUUUUCACCACCUGUGUAGACAUACGCUGGCGUUACUUGUUUCUCAUCUUUACCGCCACCUUCCUUCUAUCAUGGCUGCUGUUUGGUUUUAUCUUCUGGGGAGUUGCCCUUGCUCAUGGAGACUUUGACCUGCACCUCCCUGCGUCGGAUGAAGAUGCAAGAAGCGUCCCAGAGGAAGCAAAAGAUAAAAGGCGCCCAUGCAUUCUCCACAUCCAGGGUUUUAUCGGGGCCUUCCUCUUCUCAAUAGAGACCCAGACCACUAUUGGAUAUGGCUUCCGGUGUGUCACCGAGGAAUGUCCGAUUGCCGUUUUGACGGUGGUAGUGCAGUCCAUCGUGGGGUGUAUAAUUGACUCUUUCAUGAUAGGCACCAUCAUGGCAAAGAUGGUUCGCCCCAAAAAGAGGGCGCAGACAUUGCUGUUCUCGCAUAAUGCCGUCAUCUCCCUGCGCGAUGGUAAGCUAUGCCUCAUGUGGCGCCUGGGGAACAUGCGCAAGAGCCACAUUGUUGAGGCCCAUGUGCGUGCUCAGCUCAUCAAACCACACGUGACGGCCGAGGGUGAGUACCUCCCCUUGGAGCAGACAGACAUUGACGUCGGCUAUGACGACGGACUGGAUCGGCUGUUCCUGGUGUCGCCGCUGGUGGUCGUCCACGAGAUCAAUAAAAACAGUCCUCUGUAUAACCUGAGCCGCAGUGACCUACAGAAGGAGGACUUUGAGAUCGUGGUCAUCUUGGAGGGGAUGGUGGAGGCGACAGCCAUGACGACACAGGCCCGUAGCUCCUACUUGGCCAGGGAGAUCCUUUGGGGUCACCGUUUUGAGCCAGUGGUGUUUGAGAAGGGUGACCGCUACCACGUGGACUAUUCCCGCUUCCACAAGACUUACGAAGUGCCAUCUACGCCUCACUGCAGUGCCAGGGAACUGAGCCAGAGAAAGGGUCACAGUGGGCAAUUGUCCUCCUCCAGUUCCAGUUUCUCCCGGUCUCCAUCGCUGUUUGCUCCGAGAGCAGCAAGACGUUUGCAGGGAUCCCACUCCCCCAGUGCGUUCUGCUAUGAGAACGAAGUAGCUUUGUGCUGCGGAGACGACGCAGAUGAUGAGGAGGCAGAUAAGGCGAUGGACGGUCCCAAAACAGGAAGUAAAAGGGAGAUCAAAAUAAGAGAUGACAUUCAUUUGGAUUUCAAAGGGGCAUUCGUGAAAGAGCAAACAGUGGAGAUGCUGUGUGUCCUGGACACAGAGAAUCAGAUCAGCCUUGAUAGAUUACAGCCAACCCUACCUUUAUACAUCAGCAGAGAAUCGGGAGUUUGAUAUGAUAAUUCCUGCCAUUUUGUUUGUUGGCUGAUUCAGCAGCGAACUGAACUGAUACAAUGUAGAGGAUUAAAGAUGCUGUGUAAACUGUGCAUGUGGAGUGAGAGAGGGUUGUUUUGUAGACCUGGAAUAAACUUUGGUUUUCUGUAACAUACACUUUUAGUCAAAAAACAGCAUGUGUACAAAAAGAGCUCUUCUACUUUGAAAUGUGGUGACCAAGUUAUACUUUUAUUUAACUAAUGCAAAUGCUUUCCUGAUUUACUUUGUGUUUGAUCUCUGGCUAACUGAAGCUUUUUAUUUCCAAUUUCCAGUCUUUUUAUUUGUGUGUAAAUAUAGACUUUUAUUUACUUUGCUUGGGAUCUUUUCAGAUCUUAGGACAGAGUGUUUAUUUAUUAUUGAACGUGAAAGCGAGAAAGCACAAAUCCUUUUCUUGAUAACCUGUAUUUUUAAACUGUGUCUUCCUGCCUACUAAUUGCUAUUUAAACUAUUUUGUUUCUUGAAGUCCACCACACUAUGUUCCUAAAUGACCAAGCACAAAUAAGUUCAUAGUCCAGAAGCAUAACUAAAGGAGUUAAAAGUAAAACCUGUUUAAAUGAAGAACAAGCACUUUAAACUUAUAUCAACGGAAACAAACACUUCACAACUGUCUGUUGUUUUUGUAUGAUCAAAACAUCUA